AGAAAAACCUGUUUUCUUGUUGCGUAUUUGUUGACAUAUCGUCUACCACCAGGAAGAAGCGCAGGCGAAAAGAAGAAGAAAAAGAUAAAGAAUCCUCAGAGCAGUCGUCCUGCAUCAAUCUCAAUCAAGCAUGCCGGAACAAGCAGAGAAAAGCUCAAGCAGCUCCUCCCCGGGGCGGCGAUAUCAUAGGAGAAGUUUAACAUCCGACGUCCCAGCCGCCGAGGUCGAGCCUUCCGGGGACGUUUUUCUUGUCAGCAAAACGGAACAAGUAGAUGGACCUCCUCCUGCGGUGGGGUCUGCAUCUUCCGGACGACGUGGCACAGGAACAAACAACGUCUUCGCGGGGGUAGUCGUUGUUCCUGCUUAUGAGCAUCAUGAUCUACUUCACUCGAGCACCAGCAGUCUGACAGAGCAAGCUGCCCAACCAGAAGCAGGAGAUGAUCUUCUACCGCAGGAGGGUAGUGCUAGUGCUCGACGUUCUGGAAAGCCUGUUGUUCCGGAAGUGGGUCACGUAGAAGUGACGGUUGAAGAUGUUGAGAACAAGAACUCUCGAGAUGAACUUGUUCUAAACCCCGUCGCCCAAGACGAACGACGAGAGCCAGGACCAGUGCGGAAAAAUUAUAGGGACAAUAUAAAGCUUGUUUCAGGAGAUUUUUAUACGACGAGUACGCUUCAGCUACAGCUUCAGCCCGGCGAAGACGAGGUGGACCACAGUUUUCGUCUCCGUGGGAGUGGAAGUAGCAUCAGGAGCAGCACAAGAACCGAAGAAGAUGAUGACCCAAGCUACAAAUUCUAUGAUCCGACGAGUAGUGGUGCAGCAGAUGUUGAAGUCCUUCUUGCAGGUUUUGAUACCCAUCUACUUCAAGAUGAUGGAACUAGUAGCAGUGCUACACCAGGUAGAACUGCUGCAUCUUCUACGCCGGCGGGGAGCAAAUCUGCAUCAGCAGGAGCUGCGAGCAGACAGAGUAGACAGUUCCACGAGCAGUCCUCCAUGUUACAGCAACUUGACAGCCGCACCGCUGCGAAUAUGGUCGUGCCACACAUUUUUAACAACGACCACACGCAUUAUACCCAUACAAUAACUCCCUCUAGUAUAGCAGCUGGCCCCGAGGAGAGUACAGGAGACGACGGAGGAGGUGGUACUGUCGCGACGAGUAUGGAUCGCAGAAAUGUGUGGGUCUGGAAGGGUGCAGAGUUUGUUAUGCUUGUCUGGCAUGACUGAAGAGUUUGUGAUGCGUGUCCAAGAAGAGACCCAUGUUCUUGGCAUGCAAAAACGCAGCUUGUGCUUGUCAUGCGGAACAAGCCGGAACAUAUAGGCACGAAAAUACUUCUCAUGCUUGGCUGUGCAUUACAGGGAACUCGCUAUUUCCAGCUCAGCAUUACAAGUUUCCAGACCCAGACAUAUUUGCAAUGCAUAACAAGCAACUUGUUGGAACAACAACAAGAACCCUUGGCAGGAAACAAGGUGAAUACAAUUGGAGACGGUCGUCCAGAUCAUGAACAACAUCUUCAGCUGUCACAAGUAGAUGAAGUCGACCAGCAGGAAAACUACGAGAACCGCAACUACACAGCAGGAGCUUCAACCGCUGCUAGUACCACGGCCGCCGCUAGAAGUACAGCAGAUAAUUCAACAUCCGCCAGCACCAGUAGUUUCUUUUUUCCGGGGUGUUGCAGCCCGUCCGAUAGUAGACGUAGUAAUUCGACGGGAGAUCAUCAGGUGGAGCAAUUGACGAACUACACAUCAUUACCAUCGACGGGAGCUGCAGAAGGUGGAGCUGCAUUUAUUUUACCCUCAACGUCGCACGGUCGCAACUGUAUAUGGAUUGCAAAAAUGUCUGGGUCUGGAAGAAUGCAUGAGUUUGUCAUGCAGAUUUUGCAUGAUUCAUGAUGUCUGUGAUGCAUGCCCUAGCAUCAGAGAUUUUGCGAGGGCUUUCUGAUGCUCAUACCGCAUGAGAAAUGCCCUCUCCGCGUAGCACAAAUUACACCUGCUCUUUUGCUGUUCCUGUUCAUGCAAUACAGAUUCUAUGUAGAGUCCAAAUGCAGCAUUACAAGUUGCAUUCUUGCAGACCCAGACAUUUUUACAUUUGAUAAUGUAGCUGGAGCGACAAGGAAUUGACGGACUUUUUUGGCAAUGAGUACUACAUAUCCUGUGCAAAAGUAUCGUAUUCGUAUAAAUGCAAGUCUUGCAUUACAAAUCUUUGUCUUAAGGCAAAUCCGCGUGACAAAUUUUAUUUCUCAUGCUGAGGAAAUUUGUGAUGCAUUUAUACGAGUGCGAUACUUUUGCACUUCAUACUACAAGCACGGAGUGGAAAACAGUUCCGCGGCGAUUUUGCUCUUUUUCUUCACCUAUCCAUUGCAAAUAUGUCUGGGUCUGGAAACUUGUGAUGCAUGUCAGUGAGAAGAAAGCGCACUGUAAUGCACUGCCAGGCAUGACAGAUUUAUCCUUGGCUCCGUGUUCUUGCGUAUUCCGCAUGAGAAACAGCGCUUUUGCGUGACAGAUAAGAGGAGCUCUUGCUGGCCACGCAAUACAGAGCUCAGUGUCAUGCCCGACUAGCGUGACAAAUCCCGCAUUCAUCUUCCAGACCCAGACAUAUUUGCAUUUGAUAUGACCAUUUACGUCGCCUACUAUUUCGGCUUUUACAUCUAUCGCAAGAAAAAAGUGUUACAGUUACACAUUGUGUUGCAGGCCAAGCAAGACAGACCAGCUCUGUCAUGCCGGAUACGCAUAGAUUCUAUGCCUAUGAAACGGGAAAUAAGGUGUUCUCCCGUAGGAUUUUUACGUUACAAGUUUUCUCUCUCAUGCAGAGAAAUUUGUGUUGCUGAAUUGACUACAAAUGUGUAACUGUAACACUUUUUUCCUGGGAUAACAUCCGGCGGAUGUGCUCCUUCAACGAGAUUCCCGAAAUAUCAAAUGCAAGUAUGUUGUUGUCCUCUGGGUCUGGAAGGAUGUUGCGAAGAACUUGUGAUGCGCAGUUCACAACACACACAAAUCUCUCAUGCCUAGGCAGCAAAAGACGCCCACUUCCUGUCACCAAAGUGGGGGCGGGGUUUCUCAUGCGGAUUAAUAGGCAUUGCGGAAGCUUUUGGAAACCUGUGAUGCUAGGGCUUCAGAUCAGACCUUCUGUGUCAUGCAAAAACAGCAUCACAAACCCUACCCAGAUGACACGUUUGCAUUUGAUACGCAGCCCGGAUGAACUUCUCCAACGUUUUCCUCCUAUGCACGAAAAAAACUGUGUAACUGUAAUUUUCUUGGAGGAUCAGCAUCACAAGUUUGCUCUGCAUGACACAGAAAACCUGUCAUGCGUAGCUAGUACUUGAAAACACGUACGAAAAUAGCCUCUGAAGAGUCAUGCAUGUCCAGCAUGACAAGCGUAAACAGCUUUGCAUUUUCUGCAACACAAAGUUACACUUACGCAGUUUUUUCCCGGGAUAUCUCCUCUGGGGGCACCAGUGUCUGUUCGCCACCAUCGCCAUCAUCGACGGCCGCAAGGCGUUAUCAAAUGUAAAAGUGUCUGGGUCUGGAAGACAGGAGGAGUUUGUCAUGCACAUUUUCCAUGAUCCAUGAUGUCUGUGAUGUAGUACGCCAUAACAUCACAGAUUUUUUGAGCGCCUAUCGAUGCGCAUCCUGCAUGACAGAUGCCCUCUCCGCGUAGCCAAAGUUGACGCCCCUUGCUGCUCAUGCAAUACAGAUUUCUGUAGCAUCCAAGUGCAGCAUCACAAGUUUGGCUCUUCCAGACCCAAACAUAUUUGCAAUCCAUAGGCGUCUGUGUUGCAGCCGGCGGAAUUCGUGUUCUGGGUGAAACUAUCAACUGCAAAAAUGUCUGAGUUUGGAAACUUGUGAUGCAAGUCCGUGAACAAUAAGUGCUCUGUAAUGCGCCGCCAAGCAUGACAAGUUUUUUCGUGCUUCUGUGAUGCGUAUUUCGCAUGAGAAACUGCGCUUUUGCAUGACAGGCAAGAGAAGCUCUUGGUGGCCGCGCAAUACAGAGUGCAGAGUCAUGCCAGACUAGCAUGACAAUCUUCCAGACCCAGACAUUUUUGCAUUUGAUAGAAACUGCUGCAGACCUGGGCCUACAUGACCGCGGGCGGGUUCUGGUUCAGUUGCUGCCUCAGCAUCUACUGUACGCAAUACAAAUUUCCCGGGCAUGCACAAGAUGCAUCACAAAUUUCACCAAUUUGGAAUGCAACACUUGUCAUGCUAAACUAGUAUCGAAGCCCAGUUUCUUUUGUCAUGCAGAGACUGCGUUUGUACGUGUGCGGGAAAUUUACUGUGGAUAUACUGGGAUCUUCCCAGCAGUCGACGGAAGAAAAAGAGGAAAAUCGGUGGUACUGGGGAUGACGAGGACGGCGGUAGUUUACGGGACAGCGACGGACGACGAAUAUGAGAGUGCACAGCGCUCCGUCCCCCUCAUUUUAGGCCACGCAUGAACAGCAAUACAAGCAUCAGCAAGAGUGCAGGUUUUGCAUGACAAAUUCGCGCAGGAAGAUUGUAGUGGUUUUUCUGCUCCUGGCAGAACUUGUCAUGCAAACGGUGCCAAGAGGCAAAGCAAACAAAGCGUGGAUUUGGUAUUUUGCGAUGACAAAUGAGGGGGGCUGUUCGGGUUGUGCACUCUCAUAAGGAACUUCCAAAUUGUUCCAAACCUCCUCGGGCGAGGAAGAGGAGGAGGACGAGUUUUUGCCUUAUCUGGGGAGCUAUCCACUGCAAAUAUGUCUGGGUCUGGAAACUUGUGAUGCUGGUUUCUGGCUUGUGGGCGCACUGCGUUACGCAGCCACGCAUGACAAGUUUCUGAUUUUCUAUGUGUUUCGCGUCCCGCGUCCCGCAUGACAGACUGCGAUUUUGCAGCAUGACAGGUAAGAGGCUGCUUUCCUGCUCAUGCAUUACAGAUUCAAGAGUCAACAUGCGAGACAAGCAUGACAUAUAAACUUGCAUUCUCCCAGACCGAGACAUAUUUGCACUUGAUAGCAGCAAGGCGGCCGUCGACGACUUGGAAAGAGUUCAAAUCGUCAACAAAACUUCUACAGGCACCUCCGGGCAGCAUGAGGAACAUGUCGAAGAUGGUGCUGGUCUAACGAGCGUAAUAAAAACGGCCAGCGCGGCUGCGGCUGCGGCCAGUGCUUCGAAAACAUCAACACCGUCUCCUGUUGAAAUAAAGCAGCAAGAGGACAAGAAUCCAGCAUCACCCAAGACGAACUCCGCGUCCCCGGGAGCAGAUCGCGAGCCGCUUUUGCGCUCGAGCACAUUUUCUCCGGAGGAUGAGCUUUCUGGCCUCAGCUCCUUUUCGCAGGACAUCAUCUCAGCACUGACGCUGGUAUCAAAUGCAAAAAUGUCUGGGUCUGGAAAAGUCGUGUAGACUUGUCAUGCUGAUUUUCCAUUACCCAUGAGGUCUGGAAUGCGGGACUUAGCAUGACAGACUCUGCGAGGUCUCUGCCAUGCCUAUCCUGCAUGAGAAACUCCCCUCCAACUGCAUGAGAAACUCCCCUCCAACCGUAGCCAUUUUGGCUCAAGCGACAUCAAAGGGCAAAAUUUACAGUAGGAAACGAAUCAGAAUUAAGUUUAGAGCUUCCACCUUAUAAAGUUGAUAGACACACAGUUAGCGUAAGAAGUAAACACAAGCGACAUUAUACUUAGUUUUGGAAGAAAGUGUAAGUGAAAGACAGCAGACGCGGCACGCAGGCGAAGUCCUAAGGCCGAGUCACGAGCUGCGGAGCAUCACAAAAUAACUGCCCGCGAGAGAAGGCAAAAAGAAGAGAGACAGGAGGAAAAGGAGAAAGAAAGAAGAAGCUCGCCAAAAAUGGGGAGGGGAAAAAAGAAAAAGUCGGCGGCCGGCCCAUGCCGCGACAAAGAAAAUCACACUAAGUUUGUGAACAUCGAAGCGGAGCAGUUGAUGGAAUUCCUGGGCCAGCUGAUAAAUCAGGAUCCGGAUACGAUCCAGAUGCAUUCCCGAGAGGGGUGCGACAAGACAGCUGCGGUGCUGUGGAUGGAAAAGCGGACAGUUGUGAGAUUCUGGAACAGUGGCACGCUGAUGCUCCAAGGGGACGGCGCCCUGAUGGCCGACUUGUUUGAGGAGUUCCUCGACACAGGCGAAAACGUCGACGAGAAACAAAUCGGAACCGGAGAAGUGAUCGAGUGGAAAGAAGAUCAAUACCUCCGCCCGAGCAACCAAAUGAAAACGGCACUCGAAUGGGAAAAAGAAGCAGCGAAGGCGGGGGGGGAGCAAUGGGGAAUGUUGAACCAGGCCCCGUACGGAAAGAAAGGAAAGGGCUACUACUGGCCCGAGGAAGUGGGUUACGGAAACUACUCGGACAUGGGCGGAGGAGAGUAUCUGUAUCAAAAUGAAAGCAAGGGGAGCGGAGAAUACGAGAAGGGCGGGGGGUUCUACGACGACUGGGAAGCAGAACAAGAGGGCGACUACGGGAAAGGCCUUGCAAAGAAAAAAGAGGGAAAAUGCAGAGCCUUCUACUCCCAAUGCGACGACGGGAAAGAAGAAGGAGAAAAAGAAGAAUACAACGAAACGGAAGACGGAGCCCAAUUCACAACCAAGGUGAAGGGGGAGCCGCAGGCGCGCCAGGAGUACGAAGAGGAAAUGGUGGCGGAUUACGGACCCGGAGGCGAAGGAAAAGCGAAAGGGGACACGGGCAAAAACGAAUGGGGACAACACGGGAAGGAACAGAUGACGAAAGGAAAAGGAUGGGACACGGAGUGGCCCCACUACGCCACCCCCAUGUACGGUCCCAAAUCAGGCCCGUACGGAGGAAAAGAAGGAAUGGAACACUGGUACAAGAAGGGCGGAAAAGGAAAAACGCCCUACGGGAAAAUGGGAGAGAAAGGAGGAUGGGACUGGGGAAAAGAAAAAAACUGGUGGGCUGCGGGCAAGGGAGUAGGGGACGGAGGGCACGAAAACUAUAACUACGGAAGCGGGACAAAGUGGGGAAUGGGCGGAAGUGGAUACUACUAGCGGACCCAGGGUGAGCGGAUAGCGGAAGAGCGACGGGAUAAGCCGAAGGGAAGCCAGAGGGAGCAGAUAGAACACGAUGAGAAUGACAACAGGAGAAAAAAUAUGGCACAGUCAGAAGACACGAAUGAACGAUAAGGAGACAGCGAUGCGAUUGCUUGCCUCGGUUUUGAGUACGAUGCUAGUUGUGCUUUUCAGAUUACUUACAAAUUUUUGAGUGGCUAGAUAGAAGGGGACAGAGGCCUGCAUGAAAAUAGAGAAUGAGGAAGAAAAGCGCAUUACUUCACGGAAGGAGUAGAUGCGGUAGUUAGUCUUGUCUCGUGAUAGAUCUAAGCAGCAGCGUGCGCGCGUAGGAUGCGAAAUGUAGUGGGAAUAGUGCUUCAUUAAAGGCGAUCAAGAAAUGAUAUGAAGGCGAAACGGCAGGAGCUUGCUCGGCAACUAGAAGAGAUCGAAGCAGGUAGGAAGGUAAUGAGCUACGCAAACUAGUUAGAAAAAAAGAUCAAAAAAUGGCGCUCCUAGUGCCACGCUUCAAGCCACCGCCGAAGAAAGAGAAAAAAGAAGACGUGCGAAAAUUAGACCGGCUGAGCACGCUCCUGGAGGAGAUGGAGAGGGAUACCGAGAAGCUGCGAAAAAAAAUAGAUGAAGAGGAAAAAAAACCAAAAGAAAGAGCAACGAUAGCCGAGCUAAUAGAGGAACGGGAAAGCGACACAAUAUUGACAGGGAAGGCGAAGCCAGCCAUGACGAUAAAAGAUAUAAACAAAAGGAGGGGGAGCAUGAAAAUGCGCCUACUAAAGAACCUUAUAGAAGUACGGAGGAAGAGAAAGACACCCAUGACAAAGUGGCUGCGUAGGACGCCGGAGAAAGACGCAUCAGGCAGGACGCUAACAAUGAAGCAGAGACAGCAUAUGGCGAGGGCAAUGAGAUUGAAAGCAGGGGCCGAAAAAAUGAAAAAGCUGUUCGCUGCAGCGAUAGAAAGCAAAGAAACAAACACGGAGCUGGAAGACGAGAGAGACAAGAAGAGGGCGCUAGGGAUAGUCCGUCUGAGGAGGAUGAACAGAAUACAAUGGAAGAUACACAUCGGCGACGACAUGAGAAGGCGGAGGGUGCAGAAUAAGAAAAAGAAAAAAGAAAAGGCUCAGCUGAGCAAGGAUAGAAAAGAAACAAUAAACACAAACUCGAAGAACGCACGGAAGCGACUAGCGCAAGCGCUUGAGUCGGAGGAAGGACACAGAGAAUGGCAGAAGCGGGCUCGAGAGCUAAUAGAGACGAAAUCAUAUAAAGGGAGCAAAGCCCUAGUUAGAUUGACGCGGGCCGAAAGAUUAGAACACGAAAAGAAGAGAAAACAGCGGGCAGCACAAGGACAAGCAAAAAGGACGAAAGAAGCCCGGAAAAGGGAAAAUGGCACACAGAGAGCAGACCGGCUGCGGAAAAUUCAGGAAAAAAGAAAGAAAGCAGAGUGAAGGGCGACGGUGAGGAGCGCAGGCGGCGGCUGAGGAAUGUGUGCAAGUUAAGAGGAAAAAACGGGGCCGCUGUACAGACGAGAUCCAAGAGAGAGAAUGGAGAUCAAAAUAAAAACGGAUAGGAAUAACAAAAAAGAUGAGAAAGCCGCAGGGCACCUAGAGAAAAAGAUGGUAGAGAUGUGCAGUGUGUUCAAAAAAUAUAAGGAACCCAAAAAGAAAAAAGCAGCGACGAAGUAUACUGGUGAAGCAGAGAGAAAGCGUUAACUUAGAGUAGUAGACUAAGUAGAAGUAGUAGACCUUUUGAACUUACGACGAAAAAGCAGGAAAGUAGCGACCCCCUCCUUAUUCUGAGUUUAGUUUUAAUUUAUUCUUUUUAUUCGAAGCAGUUUGGAUAGUGUAUAGCUAGCGUAGCAUUAGAAUGAGCAGUCGGUCCUGAUAGUCAAAAACAGUAAGAAAACAAAGACAAGAUGGACCAGAACGAGGGGGAUGAUGAUAGAAAACGGCAGGAAAGCCUGCUACCGCGGGAAACCCCGGAAGGAAGAGAAGACAGCACAAGGAGGACGGACACAGAACAGAGGGAAGGUGAGAUGGAGGAGGAAAAAGAAGAGCGCAAUGAUAAUGAAGAGGAGCCAGACGGGAUAUGGAGGGGAGAAAUGCAAGAAGAAAUGGGGGAAGAAGAGAAAAAAGAAAGAAAUGACGGGCAAGAUGAUUUAAGAAGAGAGCGACAUAUGUUCUGGAAUAUUAACGGGGUGAAGCGUCUGAAUGCGAUUAGGCUAGUGAAAGCUUACAGAGACAUAGCGCCAAAAAUUACAGGGGCGAGCUGCGCCGAGUUGAAGACCGCCGCGCUGACACAAGAUCAGGCAGCGUUCAAACAUGUAGAAGAGGAGAUGAAGAGAUUAGGACUAGAGGGGAGGCCAGGAAUAUACUUCGCAGCCGCCACAGACAUGAAAGGCGUGGCGUCAGAGAUGAACUCGGGAGCGGUAGGAAUCGUGUACACAGACGAAACGAAGAAGCUACCAAAAAAGACAAUGAGAAAGGAGAUUUUUCGAAGGGAAAGGGGGGGCGCAUUCUUCCAGAGAGAUGCGACAGACAAGGAGGGUAUACUUUUAUGGAUGAUCGCAGCAGAGGACGAAAGAGGAAUGCUAGUGGUCGCGUUCUAUCGGAGACCGGCAAAGGACACACCGAAGGACAGCGAGGAGGUAGCACACAUAAGGAAGCAAAUGCAAGAAAUGACUUCAGAACUCGAAAAGAUGAUAGAAGAAGCAGGAAUAGCCAUACUGGCGGGAGACCUAAACUGUCAGCAUCAAAUUGAUGAAAGGGGAAAGGUGAAAUUCGAGAGGGAGCGGACAGGAGUGCAAAAAGUUUACUUCAGCGAAAUAAUAGAACCGAUACAGAAGAUUUUCAACAAACAUGCUGAAACACUUACAACAGGAGGCCCGACAUGCUUCCGAAACCCGGAAAAUCCGACAGCGAUCGAUAUAGUAGCGAUAGCGGAAAAAAGGGCAAAAGUUGUGGCGAAGACCUGUGAAAGAAUUCAAAUACCGCGGACAGUAAAAGAGGAAAACGGAGAAGAUAAGGAGGUAGAGGGGGAGAAUAAAGAAGAGGAGUCGGACCACGUAGCUCUGCUAGCAGACAUAGUGUGGAUCCCAGAGCCCGAGAAGCCCACAGAAGAACAAAAACAGAAGAAAGAAAAAGAGCAAAAGAGGUGGAAAUUUAAUGCGCGCUAUACGCUGAUGGUGCCGACAGUUGAAAGCUCAAGGCAGCGAAUUGAGAUCAUAAAAGGGAAAGAAAGACUUCAGAAGAAAAACCCUGUCACGCAGCUGGUGAAAUGGCCGAGAAAGUCGGUGACGUUAGAAAGACUACAGCAGGUGAUGGAAAAAGCAGGGACGGCGCCAGAAAAUCGCAGGAGCAUGCUAGGGAUGCAAAAAUGGCUGAUGGAGAAGCUAGGCGAGGCAGGCGUGCUGAAACUCAAAGAAGUACCGAAACAGGACGCGAAUUACGAAAAUUGGCAGAAGAAGAAAAAAGACGAGCGAAAAACGCAAGAGAAAGAGGAGAAGAACGAGGAAACCGCACGACGACAGGAGCAGAAAUCGAAACAGGACGAAAUGGAAAAGACAUGGCUGGCGUCAUUCGCAGAAAAGCCAAAAAAGGAAGAGAAAAAUGAGAAAGCGGUUUAUGAGACGGCUAGAAAGGUAAAAGAAGCUGUGUGCGGGGUAGGCAGAGGAAUGCCGAUGGGGGAGGCGAAGGAAGUAACUGUAGGCGGCACACUAGUGCAAGGGGUGGAAGCAGCGACAGAAAGGAUAGCGAGUAGCCACCUCCUCAAGUGUGAAUUCGUGAGAAAGCAAAAUGACAAAAAGCACGCAUAUGACGGAAAAGAGCUUGAAAAAGCGCCACGACAGCUCACGCAAGCAUGUAAAGAAGUAAAGAGCGUACGACUUACGGGGCCACAAUUACAAGCCCAUGUCUCAAAAUUAAACAGUGAAGCAGCAGGCAUGGAUGGGCUCCGACAAGGAAUAUACCGCGCCCUUACACCAGAACAAUACCAAGUGUUAGCAGAGGUGUUUAGUAGGUUUUUAAAAGAAGUGGAGGAGUAUGAGAUGAAGCAAGCGAAACGAGGGAAAGGGGCCGAAGCUCCUGGAGGAGCACCUCAAUGCGGUGCAGGUGGAGCUGUUGAAAAAACAAACAGCAGCAACAACGGCAAUAGAAAAGAUCCGGACCGUGAUACAGGGGACAGCGGUAGUGAGGGUGUUGCUGAGCGUAGUGGUAUAUGAAAUGGCGCGGGUAGCCGACAAAAGUGACGCACUCACCCGAUGCGGAUCAGCAUCAAAACCAGGAGCAAGCUGCCAAGCCACAGCGCUGCAGGUCCUGGAGACAUGUCACGAGGGGGAAGAGAGGGGCGAAGCGGAAACACCGGACGAAAGAAAGGAGGGAGGCAAUGGGCAAGAGAAAAGAAGAAAGGAAGCGGGAGUCUUUGGGCUAGAUGCGUCCAACUAUUUCAACAAUAUAGGGCUACCGAGGGCAGUAGCAGCAUACAGAGCUGCAAAACUACACCCGUGUUUCAUAAAGUUGAUAAUAGUAACAGCGUGGACGAAGGACUUAUGGAUCAGAAACGGGGAUUGUUGCGGACACGUGCUAAGACGUCGCGAACUUAUUCAGGGCGCAGUAGAAACGAUGUUAGCGGGGACCCUGAUUUUCCUCCCAGGAGUAGAAAUAGUCGCGGAGUUCCUCGAAGAAAUCUUUAAUGAAGACGGUAGGGCUGAAGAGGAAAGGCUAAAAGCAGCAGAUGCCAAGAUGAGAACGAGGAUUAAAAGGCUUUACAAGGGGGGCGAUAUCGAUACAACUUUCCCCGAUUACAAUGUCAGAGAAGAAGCCGACGAGAUCUACCUUAAAGAAGCCCCGCCAGUAGUCACGGGAUACAGAAAGGGAGAGAAGGCAACGACAGAGCAGGGAAAAAGAAAGGUGGAUGAGAAAGGAAAAAGGGUGGAGACUCGAUACUACUCCGGAACACUCCCCGGAGAUGGGAAAAGAAGAUGGACCCUAUGCGUGCAAUACGUGGACGACGGCACAGUUGUAAUAAAGUUCUUUAUCGAAGAUAUACAAAUAGUAGCGCGCGCGCUCAAAGCGGCAAGCUGGGCAUAUGAGGAAAUCUACGCAACUGAAGGACAAUUCUUGGCACCACAGAAGUGCGAAGUUGCAACGUCGAUAGAAGACCCGCUGAGGGUAAACGUGAUCCGACAGGCUUUCCAGCCUUUCGGGAUUCUGUUCGAGGAAAAGACAUUUCUGAAGAUUCUGGGGAUCAAAAUAGUGCCAAAAGACAAAACGGAACAAGCCAAGGCCCUGAGGGGGCAGGUCAGACAAAGUAUAGGGAUAGGACAACGCUUGGCGUGCCAAGUAAUGGCGAAAAGGGGAAGGCUUAACGGCGAGGAACUCACGUGGGUAGUGCAGGUUUUCUUUGUGUCGGCAGUGAUAUACUUCCUGCCAGUGAUGCAUUUAUAUUUCGACCUAGGAGACUGGGCGGAAUUGAUGGGCGAAAUGGCGCUGACAAUAGCUGAAACACUGGGAAUGACAACGGAGGCAGUGGAAGAGCUGAUGGCCCGAACAGAAACAACGGCGGAGACAUUCUACAGGGUAGUGCUCGGGAUGAAUUUACUCGGACUAGCUGACCCGUACGCGAUGGGACUGAAAACGCUACGCGCAACGGCGCAGGCAAACUACCUAACAGACCCGGCCUUGUUCGCACCAUUAGCAACGACGCCAGUAAAGGUAGUAGGCGAAGCAAAGGCGGGCAUCCCGAAAACAGAAGAACGAAAAAUGCUGAAAAGAAAAGAAGCCGACAUAGCACUGCUGCGGGCGCUGAAGGAUGGCGCGACAGUUAGGCUAUCGCCGGGAAGCGACCUGCGUGCAGUGGGGAUCGUGAAGGAGAGAAGCGCGCGGGGUCCCCCAAGGGUAGAGGAUCAGUAUACACACAGGGGGAGCGCGGGUCUGGUAGUCAGCAGGAACAGAAAAGGAAGCCUCGGGAAGAAAGGGCAGGGCGAUAGGAUGCAAAAAAUAUGGGUGAAGCAUGCCGGAAAUGAAAGAAGUACAACAGUCACAGUACAAGAGGCAAGUGAAAGGACGGAGACACACCUGAGGACGAUAGAGACAAAAGUGGAGCACUUAAAGACUGAAAUAAGAACAGAGGAAAAGACUUUCGUGGCAUACUGCAACAACGCAAUGAGGGCCAUAGAAAUAGCCACAGAGAGGAGAAAGAAAGAAGGCGGAGCGGCGCAGAUUAUACUGCUGGACUGCCACGAGUUAAGGGAGAAGACGCGGGGGAUAUUACGAAAAGGGCAUGGAAUAGGCUUGGAGCUACAGGAGACAAUAGAAAAAGCCGAAAGUGAGGACCCGGGCCUAACUAUAGUAACGAGAUGGGGAAAAGGAACUGCAAGCAGAGCAGAAGCGACAAGAAAUAUAGACGGAGGGACCAAAGAAGAGAUACCGCUCAGGGUGGCGAACGUGCUAAAUCACGACAAUGAGUGCACGGACUGGGUGCGGUUCGACUUCGGAACGAAGCGGAUUCCAUUGAAACCGGUGUGGGAAUGGCCGGAAAUGUCAAAAAUAGAAAGGCAGGUAUACAUACAUAGGAAAAUGAAAGACAAGGAGACAGAAGGGGACAAAAAGAAAGAAAAUGUAGAAGCUGGGGACGGUGAUGAAAUGAAGCGAGGCUUAGGAGAGAAAGACAGCGCGAAAUCUCAAAAGAAGAAAGAAACGAAAAAGAACACCAACACAGAGAGGAUAGGAAAGGAGAGUGGCGCUGCAAGCAGUCAAAGUAAAAGUAGCCGGGCAAAUGUAGAAAGAAAGCAAGAAGAAAAAGGGGAAGAAAGAAGGGAAGGAGAGACACUUUCUGAAACUAUGCUGCGACUAAUCGAGAAAGAGAAGAAGAAAGCAGAGGAAACUGGUGACGAGAUGGCGCAGGGGGCAUUCAGAAUAAUCCAAAAAGCGACGAAACUGUUGCAGGAGGUAGAGGAGGCGAAUAAAGAAGACGAUGGUAGAAAGUCAAACGAAAAAGAAAGGGGACGGGAGGAAGGAGACCAAGAAGAAGGGAUCAGCGAAGACGGAGAAGAGGAAGAAAAAAAAAGCUUCUACGGGGCGCAAGAAUAUGAAGGCACUCGGAGAGGAUACGUGUUCAAAAGAGGGGCGAUGGGACAGGGAUACUAUAUAGAUCAAGGCCCAGAAGAGGCAACGCGAGCACUUUUUCGGAAUCUGGUGGCGUGGGGGGAGGGUGAGAAAAGGGACGCGAUUAAUAAGGAGCGGGCGGAGGAAGGUCGAGAUGAAAAAGAGGCGGACCAAGAGCAGCAAAAACGGAGAAAAGUGGAGAAACAAGACAAGAAAGCGAACCAAAACGGUGGAAACGUAGACGAAAAAAAGAAGCAAACGACGGAGGCCUCUAACUUCCCCACAGUCGAGAAAUUAAUGGCAGAUGACCCCAUGACAUUGAUGAAGAAAGAGAAAGAACAGCGGGAGAAGGAGCCGAGGAUGCAGGAGGAGAAGAGGAGGAGGAGGCAGAUGCAGUACGAAACUCCUAUGCAGCGAGAAUUAGCCCAAAUGUAUAGAGUCCUAGAAAAAGAAAACAGCGAUGGAAAAUGAAUGAAGAAAGAGAAAAUAGUGACUGCAGUGUGUUUCUUCUUUUUUGGAGGAGAUUGAUGAAUGGAUAGCAAAGUAGAGGCAAUAAGAGACCUCAUACGUGAAUGAAAUAAAGGAGCAAAGAAGACACAGACCGGGGCUCAAGGCGAAAAAGGCAAAUGCGGGGUGUUCUGGCGGGUGCAGAGGGAAGAGUGUAGACACAAAACGGAACAGAAAAGAGCGAAAAAAAUGAUGUGACUGCGUAUGGACCUCGUUUCGACACGUUCCCGCCAGCCCGGAGGGGUGCGGCGAUGCUAAUCAUUUCGUUCCCGCCAGCCGUAAAGGCACGGCGCUGCUUUUCCUCUCCUUGCACCGGCGAACCGCAUGCACUGACGCGCUAGGAAACGAAAAGAAAAAGAAAGAGAAGAAAGAGAAACUAUAUAAAAGAAGUGGUGCCAGGGUUGCUAAUUUAAAAGACUGCGCUAAUGCAGCACCCCCCUUCCCCAAGGGGUCCCCCCGGGGCGGGCGCGAUGGCGGCUCUGCGAAUGCGGAGCUCCGCGGGCCGUUUCUAUGGAAACGCAUAGAAAAGGGUGCGGGAAGAAGAUCGGCAAAACGUGUCUGAAAGGGACACGCCGUUGGGUCGCCCGCCAUCGUGGUAGGAUCACCGUGUCUGAUCAUUAGACCCCCUGUAUACUUUUUAGCGCGCAACCGGCCACGCGCGUAGUUCUUCGAGCAAGUUUGUAAGACUAACCCAUCAAGGCAAUACUGGAACUCCACCUUGCUCGCGGGCUUGGAUGGUAAGGCAGGUCAGCCACACAUCGCGCCCACUGGUUGCAGCCAUGCGUAAGAAAUCGAUAGCGGUUCUGCAGGUGCAGUCGGGUGGUAGCUAGGAAGUGGACCGUGUCUCCACCUAGGGGUAUCGGCAGAGGCUAAAUCUGUUCUAACGCCCAGGUAUUGGCAGAGGCUAAAUCUGUUCUAACGCCGACCCGCCAGGAGUUAAAUGGUACUACUACUACUCAACUUGGUCAGAAGUGUACAGCUUUUGGCACUCAUGCAACACAGAUUUUCGCAUGCUUCAGAUUUACCAUGACAAGUUGGAAUCUUCCAGACCCAGACACUUUUGCAUUUCAUAACUGGAUUCCCAGUCGAAAAAGGAGCGGAGAAAGUCGUCCGAUAAAAUGUAUCACCUGCGGCAAAAGUAUUAAUAGUAAUUGGGAACAGUCCAGUAGCAGCAACAGUUCUAGCAUGAAAAGGAAAACUCUCUACACUUUCCACGUGUUUUGGCAUGAUUGAGAAAUUGCGUUUUUCUUCUUGAAAAAAAAUCGUAAAGAUAAUGCAAUUUCCUCAUUUUGCGAUACUUUUGCAAGAAAAUGCAUAAAGUGCAAAGGGAGCUGAUUUUUCGGUACGUGCAGCUGGUCUACUUUGGCCUCGCGCUGGUCAUCAUGAUCGACACCACCUAUUUCGACUUUGCGGAGCAGUACCUUCCCUCUAUUGCCAUGCUGACCCCCUUGUUUCUCAGCGUGUUUGUCACCGGAUUGUACCUGAAGCGAGAAUAUCAAGCGCAAAUAUGUCUGGGUCUGGAAGAAUCCUGCAUGUUUGUCAUGCUUCUCUGGCAUGACUCUCAAACCUGUCAUGCACGUUACCCAAGAGCACCACUUUUCUGUCAUGCAGAAAGAAACGCAGUUUGUCAUGCAGAAUAGGCAACACCUCCUAGAAGCUCAGAAACUUGCCAUGCUGAGCAAGCACUUGUGGCCUCCCCAGGAUACGCCACCCAGCUGCAUCACAAGUUUCCAGACAUCCAGGGAUAUUUGCUCUUGAUAGAGAAAACCAGCUGCAUGUGACCGGAACGCUGCUGCAUCAUGCUGGUCGGGCGACCCGGUUAGACUCCUCGCAAGUCAGCAAGAAGUCGCAGUCGGUCGAGGCGUUGCUCGAAGACCGCGAGAGGCAAGCGAUGUAUCACAUAGAAAAAAGCAGGCAUAAUUUGUAAUGCAAAAAUAAAUACACACAAAAAUCUGUACUGCGCAUGAUCCUAAACAGCAUGCUAUGGGGCCGCCCAUGGUAAAUUUUUCUGUGUAUUUCUUUUUGCAUUACAAAUAGUAAAUAGGCUCUACUUCCUGCUUUUUCCUCUGGGAUACGAUGCACAAUCUGAUCAUCGGCCCGGAAACGACACCGGCGGACGCGGCAGAAGAUGUCGCAGGUGGCGCCUUUCGAGGACGCACAAGUAGUCAGGACAGCUCUCCGCAGGAGAGCUUGCUGUCCGACACUGACUAUGAUGAAAAUCCAGCUGCUGGUGCGCACGACCAUCUGAUGCCGCGGUCUCAUGUUUCCUCCGCGGAACAAGACCUGCGUGACGCGACAGCGGAGUGCGAAAAAACCGCUUCGGAUCUACUGGCGCUGCAGCGAAGAACGAGCGCAGGUUUUAAUAAUUGCUGAACUUUUUUAGUGGCUAAGCUUUUUGGAUGUGGAUAUUUUUUCCUACACCACACCGUGCGACCUCUGUAGAAGUACAACUGUAAAACGGUACUCGUUUUUUUGAUGAAAGAAGGGCCAUCAGGUUCCAAGCACUUCUACUUUGUUUGUACCGGCAUGUAGGAGGUCUUGAGAAUUUUAUUGAAAAAGAAGCACGACCCUAUAUCAUGCGAUGAAUGAGAAUAAACCUAUCAACGAACUACUGGCCACAGAUCUUGCCGACGCAGCAAAAGCCAUGGAUAAAACGGUGGACGAAUUGGUCCGGCACUCCAACAGGCGAGUGAGCGCCUUGCGCGUGCAUUUGCAGAAGAAGUUCACGCAUUUUACCGCCAAGUUCACCGAGCACCACUACUCCCCCACGGGGAAUUUUAUGAUCUACGCGAUGGGCAGUUUGAUCGUAUUUUUCUCUUACGGUGCGAGCAAGUGGGUGCACUCCUACUGCUAUGCAUUGCAAAUAUGUCUGGGUCUGGAAGAUUCUUUCUUACAUUUGUCAUGCAUGUCUGACAUGACUCGAGAAUCCGUGAUGCAUGGCCACGAAAAGGCUCUCCUAUCUGUCAUGUAAAAACGUUGUUUCUCAUGCGGAAUACGCAACACAUCGCAGCUCAAAAAUUUGUCAUGCGUGGCUGCGUAUUGCAGUCCGGCUAAAAGUGUAUUACACUUUUAGCAUUACAAGUUUCCAGACCCAGACAUAUUUGCAGUUGAUAACUGCGGCCCGGACUUUUGCAAGCACCCGGAGAACUGCGUCAUCGCGUUCCUGCUCCCGCACUUCAACCACACCGCAAUCUGCACGUUUUGGAUCGGUAUCAAGUGCAAAAAUGUCUGGGUCUGGAAGAUUGCAAGGUUUGUCAUGCACAUCAUUUUGCAUGGCCCGUGAUGUCUGUGAUGUAUGCCCCAGCAUCACAAUUUUUUUGCGGGCAUCUUGAUGCCUAUCCCGCAUGAGAAAUGCCCUCUCCGCGGAGCUAAAACUGGACGCCUCUUGCUGCUCAUGCAAUACAGAUUUUUUUAGAUUCCAAAAAUAGCAUCACAAGUUGCAUUCUUCCAGACCCAGACACUUUUGCAAUCCAUAACCGGGGUCGGCAUUUGGCUGCAGUGUGUGGGCAUGUCGGGCCUGUGUGCGCACAUCGAGGCCGAGUCGUUUGGCCGGAAGUUGCACCGCCAGAUGGAGGUGGGCACCGGACAAGUGGUGGCUGAGUCGCACGCGGUCCUCGGAAGGCACCAGUAUUGAGGCGGGAUGUACUAGCACGACACUCUCAAGACUAACAAACUCCGCGGACCAUGAGGGGACGAUGAAAACGCAGCUGGUAAUUAGAUGGUACUGCGAAUGGGAGUGCCAAUAGCUACUGACUUACGUAAGUAGAUGAAUUUGUGACCACUCCAGCAGGACCGACCCCUGAGUCAAUAACUUGUUAAGGUAGAGUUUCCUUACAAAUACUGUUGGCUGGAGAGUCUUCACCAUCAGCAACCGGCGGUGUACGGAUAAUCUAAAUUUGUUUCUGUUUCGAUCGAUUCAUGACAGGUGGAAUUUACAAUACAGUAGAUGGAACAGCAAUUUGUUUCCACGAAUUCCAAGAAAAUAAAAAGCAAUUUAUGAUUUUGCCGUCGAAGAAAUGUAAGUAGAAAGAAAAAUCAAGAUGUUCAAACAAUGAAAUUAUUCCUGUUCGAAGAUGUUCUUUCACGUUGGCAUGUUGAAAUAAACGAUAAGCUUGUUUUCGUUUCUCGUCGAUCGACGGUCCAGCUGCGGAAUAUCCUGUGG